UUUUCCUCCCCCCAGUCAACCUCCCCUCUCAAUCCCAAGUACAUCUCUCAAUCGCCAUAUUGGGUACUGAAAAGGUUUGUCUGCAAUUUCUUCCCCCUCUCUGUCACUGCGGGACCAAAUUGACAGAGUGGCUUCAGUUACUCUGCACUUUGUUUUGAUGAUCCGUGGAGACUACUUUUGGCGACAACAAAAUCCUGGCACUUGCCGUUUCUACCUAGACCUAUGCAUGGCAUAAGUCGUUUUACACUUGUUUUGGAUCUUGGUGUGCGACGAGGAGAUACGCGUUGUUUUUGAGUGGUGUGUUUUUCUUCCCCCCUCCACAAAAUUGGACGCUCUGUAUUUUUCCCCGUUUUUUCCUAUUUCUUUGGGGAAGAUGUCAAAUGUUCGUCUUUCAAACGGGAGCCCGACGUUGGAGCGGACGGACGCCCGUGUGUCGGAUCACCCGAAACCGUCAGCCUGCAGAAGCCUCUUCGGCUCGGUGGAUCACGAAGAGUUAAAGAGGGAUUUAAAGGGACAUUUUCGGGAGAUGGAAGAGGCUGCCUCCGCCAAGUGGGGCUUCGACUUCGCCAAUCACACGCCGCUGGCGAACGGGAGACUGGACUGGGAAAUAGUGGAUUGCAGAGACAUCCCGGAUUUCUACAGCAGGCAGCAGCGGAGAGAGAAGGGCGUCUGCUCCUCUGGGAAUAACAAUGUGGAUCUAAAUGGGAAUCAUAAUUGCGUCGUGAUGGCUCCUAGCGAAGACACCGAGAGGUCUGAUAGUCAAAUGGAGUGCAAGGAGCAGUGCACCGGGCCGAGGAAAAGACCUGCGUGCCACGACCCCACGGCCCAGAAUAAGAGGUCGCACACCAGCUCAGAUGAAGUUAGCUGCCCGAACCUGACCUACUCUGCAGAACACACACCCAGAAAGCCCAGUCCCAAGAGACAAACGUGAGGAUGAGACAGAGCCGAAGAUGUAUUUCCCCUUUUACGUGGGAAACCUCAGUGUUGGCCGAUUUGGAAGAGGAACUACACAGCAACAGAAACAUAUCAGCUCCCCUGAAAAUGAGAGGGGGGAGGACGCUGUUGAAGCACUGAAUAGAAACACUAAAGUUGUGGCACUCAAUUAAAAGUUACUGCCUCUGAAAGCAGUCAAUGUAGCAGUGUGCAAUUAGGUUUGAUUUCCUUUUUUGCUCAUUUUUUUACUACCUGUGUGUAAAUAUAUAUAUUAUAUUUCUCUCCAUAUGUAGCACAUAAGAAAACAUUAUGAUUUGAAAACAAAUCCUUUAUGUAAAAAGGCGUGAAUUUUGAUUUGACUUGAAGAAUUGCAGUGUAGUUUGACAAAUGUUUCCAAAAUGCUGUUCUUUUUUUAUUUUUAAUUUUUUUUAUUUUUAUUUUUAUUUUGAAAGGCGGUGUGACUUUUGACACAGUCACUAUUUGCUACAUUAAAAAAAAUCAUGGCUUCUACA